AUGAUGGGGAUCUUUUUGGCAUAUGUUGGAAUUGUUUUCUUUUCCGUUUUAUACGUACAACAAGGGCUUUCUUCUCAAGCAAAAUUUACUGAGUUUCCGCGGAAUGUGACAGCGACAGAGGGGCAGAAUGUGGAGAUGUCCUGCGCUUUUCAGAGCGGCUCCGCCUCGGUGUACCUGGAGAUCCAAUGGUGGUUCCUGCGGGGACCCGAGGACCUGGAGCCUGGGUCUGAGGUGGCUGGAGCGCAGGUGGAGCUCUUACCAGACAGAGAGCCGGACAACGACGGGACCAAGAUCAGUACAGUGAAAGUUCAAGGCAAUGACAUCUCCCACAAACUUCAGAUUUCCAAAGUGAGGAAAAAGGACGAAGGUUUAUAUGAGUGCAGGGUGACUGAUGCCAAUUAUGGGGAGCUCCAAGAACACAAGGCCCAGGCCUACCUGAAAGUCAAUGCCAACAGUCAUGCACGGAGGAUGCAGGCCUUCGAAGCCUCACCUAUGUGGCUGCAAGAUAUGAAGCCCCGAAAGAACAUCUCAGCUGCAGUUCCCAGCAGCAUCCACAGCUCAGCCAACCAACGGACGCACUCCACCUCCAGCCCUCAAGCGGUAGCCAAAAUUCCUAAACAAAGUCCACAAUCAGCAAAGAGCAAAUCGCCUGUAAAAUCUACGGAGCGGACAGCAAAGUUGACCCUAAACUCCAAGCAUCAUUCCGCACCCUCUGUACUCUAA